CCGAUGCACCUUUCCGAAGACGACGAUGAACAUGUUUUCCGCAGCAAAUACCCACCGGUGUUGGUGCCGGAAAACUUGACAUUGCCGGAAUUUAUUCUUCAGGAUGCUAGUUAUAUGCCGACAAGGUGGCAUUCAUAGAAGCGGUGUCCGGGAAAUCGUAUACGUAUGGCGAAGUGGUUCGGGACAUGAGAAGAUUCGCCAAGGCCUUGAGCUCGCUUGGCCUUAGGAAAGGCCAUGUGGUUCUGGUGUUACUACCAAAUGUUGCAGAAGUAUGGCAUUGUUGCUCUCGGAAUCAUGGCUUGUGGAGUUGUUUUCUCCGGUGUGAACCCGGUCUUGCAUCCGUCGGAAAUAAUGAAACAAGCCAAUGCUGCAAAUGCUAAGUUGAUAGUAACGAAUGGUCCAAACUAUGAAAAGGUGAAAGAUCUAGAGCAACCUGUUGUCGUGCUAGGUGAGGAGCGAAUCGAAGGCGCCACGAAUUGGUACGAGCUGAACUUAGUGGCCAACCUAUGCUCGUCUCUCUUCAGUAUCAGAACCGAAAUGAUCGGUGAAGUCACCACAUUAGGCCUAAUUCCGUUCUCCCACGUCUACGGUAUCGUCGGAAUUUGUUGCGCCACACUUGGGAACAAAGGGAAAGUGGUGGUCAUGAAUCGGUUCAAUCUCCGGACUUUCCUCAACACAUUGAUCACACAGGAGGUUACAUUCGCCCCCAUCGUGCCACCAAUAAUUCUGGCCCUGGUUAAGAACUCCAUAGUCGAUGAAUUUGAUCUCAGUAAGCUCAAACUCAGGGCCGUAAUGACCGCAGCAGCUCCAUUAGCUCCCGAGCUUCUCGCUUCUUUUGAAAACAAGUUUCCCGGUGUUCAAGUCCAAGAGGUGAGACCAAUGGCCCCUUUUAGUCACCUAAGUUCAUGA